GGUCCUAUCAGCUGUUUUCUUUCGACACAAACCUGUCCCGCCUGUUCCUACCUGUGUGACGACGCUGACCCUCCUAGCUUGUUGUGACUCGUUCAAAAGAUUUUUUUUACGUCUUUCGCAAGUGGGAAGAAGCUGUGGUGACUAGUGCUUAGGCAACACUUCUCUUGCACGUUACUUUUCUUCUGUUUUCGCUUUUGUGUGGACUUUUAGUUAACGGAACAGAAAAGGGGGAGUUGUGUUUUCACAGGUGAGCAGGGAGGAAAGCCCUUCUGGACAGCAUGGAGGUCAUGGUCUUGAUGGAUUUUGAAGGCAACGAGGCGGAUGAGCUGACGGUGCACGUGGGAGACGUGGUGAAGACCGUCAGCAAGGCGGCUGAGGAUGGUUGGCUGCAAGGGGAACUGCGGGGGGUGCGAGGCAUCUUUCCCGCCAACUUCGUCAAGGAAGUUCCUGCAUAUCUGAAAGGAGGUGAACACAGGGAACCAAGAAGUAUCAGAAAAUCGAAGACGGUGAAGGGGACGCCAACGCGGCGAUGUGAGGUCCUCUUCCCUUACACCCCCUUGAAUGACGACGAACUGGAGCUUACCGUGGGGGAAAUCGUAGAGAUCCUCAAAGAGAUUGAAGAUGGUUGGUGGCUGGGUAAGAACAAUUACAAAUUAGGGGUCUUCCCAUCGAAUUUUGUCAAAGAGAUUUUCGUCACAGGAAAAGAUUACAAGCCUGCCGAAGGUAAAUCCCGGCCGAAGCUGACAGACGCCAUAUUCACCAAAGAGGUGAAGGAGCAGCAGAGGACGAGCGUGCGGAGAAAGAUUAACAGCGUGAAUGAAUGCUGCCAGGUCAUGUUCGACUACAAAUCGGUCCUGGAUGACGAGCUGGAUUUGAAGAAGGGCGAUAUUGUGACGGUCAUCUCCAAGGAUUCGGAGGAUGAGGGCUGGUGGGAGGGCGAGCUGAACGGACGGAGGGGAUUUUUCCCGGACAACUUUGUCAUGGUGCUCACCGUGCCCCACCUGCCAGGCGCCAUGAGCCAGCCGCCGGCACGCCAGUCACCCGAAAAGCCGCCAGGUGAGACUGAGCCCCCCCCAGUGGAAAAGACGCCUCAUCAAGACGAGACAGACCUCGCACCACCUGGCCAGGGGAGGGAGACGACUGACGGCCCCAUGAAGCAGAGGAAGGCCCCCCCACCACCGGUGAAGGACAAGCCCAGCUGGCCUCCACAGAUCAAGAUCAAUGGCGAGCAGUCACCAAAGCCAGCAGAAGAAACGAAAGAAAAAGAUGUGGAUCAGUUUGACAAUGUGGACGUGUCCCCCGCCAAACUGAACCACCCCACGGCCAACCGGGCGAAGCCUCCCCACAGGCGACCCCCGACCAACCUCCACUCCCCAUCCAGCGAGACUUUCCCGGUUGUGGCCCCCAAACCCACCUCCAAGGCAUCCCAGGAGGAGGCCGGCACCAUGGACGACGUUAGGACCGCCGUCCGCGACCUACAGAUGACCCUGGAGCUGUUCAAGGCUCAGCAUGAGAGAGACAUGGAGGAGCUGAAGGCGGACCUGAAGGACGAGAGGAGCAAACGUGUGGCCCUGCAGGGGGAGGUACAGGCCUUGAAGAAAACUGUCAACCAGCACUGAAGCUGGAUGAGUGCCUUCAUCCAGUGAAACUUCACAGGGACUUAAUGGUCUAACAGAGCAACCCUGCUGCCUGGUUUGGGCAAACCAUAGUUGAGACUGCAAGUGACUGUUAAACACUUUUCCUGUGGCUAUAGAACUUUUUUCAUUUUGUAGUAGUUUAGCUGAAUUUUAUGCACAAUGUACUGUUCAGAUUUACUAGAGAUGGUAUGAAUGGGGGUGACUGAUCAGUUGGGAAAAACUAUUCUGCAUGUCCUUAUGGCAUGAGAAUGUGUUUUUAAGCAAACUUCAGUGUAAAUAUUCACAAAAAUGGAGGGUUUUGGAAAUCAUAUUUCUAAAAGAUUAUUUUUAAGACUGACUAUAUAUCAGAAAAAAAGAAGAUUCAAAAUGAAAUAUGACUCAAGUGUACCGACCUGUAGGGUAUCUGUAGGAACAACCUGAGCCUGAACAAGACUGUGAAGCUUGUUUGUCUGUUUUCUUCUCAUUGCAUGUAUGUCUGCAUUCUGUAUCACUUGUUUUCGUUGGGUUUUGCCUAGUGCAGUAAAUGUCAACGCAUUGUGCAAAGCCUUCAGCUUCAUCCAACAAUAGCAGGAAUGUUUUGUGUUGGUUUACUUAGGUGUGAGCACCACUUUAAUCUGACCUUUGUUGAAAGUUUAAACGAAAGCGAUAUAUCACUGCCUGCAAGGAUUAUGAACUAAUGAAGGGGGAUUUUUUGGUGUGUGCAACAAAAAAUAGUUUUCAUUGCUUGGGUGCUUUUUCAAUACAACAGGUGUAGAUAUUAAAGGUUCUUACAGAACUUACUACAUAAUACAAAUACUACUACUAAUGACUGUGUUCAGGUUCACUAGCUGGGACUCACCUGAGUGAGCAGGGGGUUGUUCUGGCAUCAGAGGGUAUCGGAGGUUGAGCCUGGGGCUCUUCAUUAAUGAAUGAUAAUUAGUAUUACGAAAUAAAAUCUGCUGAGGAAGUCA